CGCCCACUUCCGCAUUUCGCAUGCACACCAAAACCCAUACAUGCAAUAUGUAUGAGGAAAUUGUAUUUUUACGUGUAAUCUGUAUUGCGACCUGUGUUGUUUGGAAUCUAAACCUGCACGAACUUGAUAAACCAUCACUUGAUUUUUGCAACAAACAACAUCAUUGUGGCGGUUGCCACUUAAGGAAUAGAUACCUUGGAGUGUACUGAUUUGCUGGAGUAGGUGGUUUGGUGCAUUCGAGAGGAAAGAUGAUCAAGAAAGACGCGAUGAGGCGGCAGAUGAACCGCCUGAGACAGCGGGCGAACCAGAAUUUGGGAAGAGCGGAGAAAACAGAAGUACUGAAUGAUGAAUUAUUACAAUGUGAGAAACGAACUGAACAUAUAAAACACACGUGUCAGAACAUUACAAAGAAGCUCUCAGCAUGUCUUAUUGGCUCAGGAACAGACGUGGAGAAAAGAACGAAAAAGCUUCCGCACUCUGUGCUUUCUCAGAGUAUGAAUGAGAUGAGUGUUGAAUUAGGAGACACAACAUUAUUAGGGUCUAUGUUAGUCAAAACUUCUGAAGCAUGUGCAAACAUAGCGCAGGAACUAACCAGUCAUGAAAUGGGUUUAGAAAACCUGAUCCUCAUCCCAUUCAACUCAGUCCUAGAGGAAAGCAUCCCUCAAAUCCAAAGUAACAAAAGAAGAUUAGUCAGACUGACCCUGGAUCUGGAUUCGGCUAAAAACAGGUUUCACAGUGCUUCCAGGCAAACAGCAUUAGGGAAAGGCAACUUCCAGGAGCAAGCAGCAAAAAUAGAUGCCAUCAAAGAGGAAUUAGAUGAUGCCCAAACUAAAGUAGAACAAUGCAAGGAUGCGUUAGUCACAGACAUGCUGAAUCUAGUAUCAAAAGAAAGUCUUCUGUCCAGGAGUUUAAUGGAUAUGGUAGCAGCACAGGCACAGUACCACCGCAAUGCCCUAGCCAGACUAGAAAACAUGGUCCCAAAGAUGAGGGAGACCUUGGACCGGGACCAGCACAAGCCUACGUUUGGGACCCACCUUGAGGAGCAUCUGAGGCUGCAGGACCGGGAGAUUGCGGCUCCCAUCGAGGUCCUGGUCAUGUGGCUCCUAGAGCUUGGUAUCGAGGAAGAGGGCCUCUUUAGGUUGGGUGGGAACCAGUCCAAGAUGAAACUUCUCAAGGCCGCCUUUGAUGCCAAUAUUGAGCUUGAUUUAGUGGACUUUGAAUUCCAAGAACACUCCAUUGCUGCUGUACUGAAGCUGUAUUUGAGAGAACUUCCUGCUCCUUUAUUGACCUUUAACCUUUAUUCUGAGUUCAUUGAAGCUGGCAGCGUCAAAGAUCCGAACCAGAAGAAAGAGGCCUUGAAGAAGGUUGUCCAGAAACUCCCAAAAUGCAACUACGACAACUUACGGUAUCUUUGUCGGUUCUUGAAGGUAGUAGCAGACAGGAGCGAUAAGAACAAGAUGAACUCAUCAAAUCUUUCACUAGUAAUAGCACCAAACAUGCUCUGGUCAGAGAAGGAUGAUUUAGGGACAUCAAUAGGGGCGGCACCAGGCAUCGUAGAGUCCUUCAUCUCACACGCAGAAUGGUACUUUCCAGGAGAGAUGGAUUUCCCGGUGCCAUUACCGCCGACACCCUCACCGAAAACCAACUCGAUACCAGAAUCCAACUCGCUCUCGCCGAAGACUCCCGAUGGGACCACGCCUUCUUCGGUAUCCGCCUCCAACGCCACGACGACCCAUUCCGUCCCUUCAUCGCACCCUCCCCUAGGUCCCCCGCCCGGCCCCCCACCGGGUCCCCCGCCCAACCCUCCUACCGCCAUUCCACCCCCUCCCUCGCAGACUACUGCACCUUUGGUCACCAUAGACGGCAUCGGUCCACCUGAAAAACCCAUCAGAAACUCUACACUUCCUAGGAAGUCAGUAAAGAGAGCCCACGCCCCUCCCCCACCCGUCAGUGUAUCGCCGAGCCCAUCACCGACAAAUAGCUUGACGCGGAAUACCCAGCCUCCGGGAACACAGACGUCCAAUCAGAACACUCAAAACAAUCAUAGCAGUCCCGAGUUAACAAGGAAAGGAAGCGAGUCCAACCCGCUUACAACGAAUGGCUCAAUAUCCAAGCCCGAACGCCCUCCCGAUAAGCCCCCUGUCGCGGGAAAGCCACCUAAGGUCGACAAACCGGUCGUUGCGGGGAAGCCCACCAUCGCUGACAAACCACCCAUCACCGAAAAACCCACCAAGCCCGAUAAACCCAUAGUUGCAGUACCUAGUCCUACCAAGGAGCGUCCAGGCUCGGGGCGGGAUAGUGUCGACGGGACUGUCCUGUCACCGAAUCCCCCAUCGCCGAACAGCAAACCUAAAUCAGCAGCGAUACAAAGACCUACCAUGCUCCCCCCUCCCCCUCCUCCUACCGCAAAGACAACAGAUACAAAAGACGGUGUGAAAAACCAAAGUAGUUUUGAUACGGACUUGUGACAUGGGCAAGGUGUUUUAGAGAUGAUACCUUUCAGUUUCUUGCAGCAUACUUCAUUUAUAGCAUAAUUACAUCUAGCCAUGAUAUCGACAACCACGGAUAGAUACAGAUUCUAACUGCUCUGUUUAUUUUGUGUGUAAAGCAUUCUUAUUUCAAGAUACUUUCUCGAGACUACACAAUCUAUAUAAAAUGUUACGUCAUUUUUCCACUUUAUGUACAAUGUAUUUUCAUACCAUAUCCGUGGGUACUUCUGCUGGGAGCAAACAGCGGCCAUCUCGUGCAAAUCACUUCGAUUGAGCAAUCUUUCUUCUGCUUGUGUACACCAUGGAAUCUCGUCUGAAGGUUUAUAGUUGAUGAAUAUACUAUGUGUACAGAAAUAUGAAACUAUAUCUUUUUUGAGAUCACAUAUUGUUGUUCAUGUUACAUGUAUAUGAAAUAUUUAUUGAUAUUGAUGUUGGGCCAUGCUGCAUAUACUUCUGUUUUGAUAAUUAUUGCAUUUUUUUUGUUGAAUCCUAUUUGAGAGUCUACAGGGUUAGAAUGGGAUGUCAAUGUAUUUACAGGUCUUUUUCCUUUACCCCUUGUUUCCCCCUUCCUACAAAAGUGUACAAUUUUAUGAAAUAGGGGAAGCUCUAACUUCUUCAAAUUCAUUUUCUUCAUAAAGAUUAUGUAUGACACUGUAAAAGAUGAUGAAUACUGUAAUUGAGUUUUUCACAGAUGAGAGCAGUAAUAGUGACCUAUAGAUGUUUACCAUCUGAGGCAAAACUGACUAACUCUUGUCAAAUGAUUUUUUAUUAAAGUACGAUAUAAAAAACAUGACCGUAAUUUUCAUCGUUUUGUCUGAUAUAUUUUUUAACUGGUGAAUGGCACAGAAGAUCAUCAUCCAUUACCACAAACAGACAAGUUUAUUUAUGUAGUUAUCUAAGGAAGGAGAACUGUUUUCACGAUGAAACGUCUCAUCAAUUGGCAAUAAUUAUCUCUAUAAAUCUAGUGCAGCAUGGCCUUUCCUGUCAUUUUUGUAUUUUCUAGGAAUAUUUUAACAUUUCGAGCACAUACCUGAUUUUCCACGCUCUGACAGAAAACAAUGGGUGUAGUUUCUCUAGUGUUCUACCAAAAACUUGAAGAGUAUUUUGUUUUUUCUUGCUUCUGUGAAAAGUUAAAGCAAAGAAUUUCAUGUAUUAUUUUCUACCUUGCGCAAGUUGCAAUACAUGACUGUGGCAAAUGAUGCAGAAAUGAUCCCAUUUGAAUAACCCCAAUAUAUUGCUUGUCUAUGAAUACCAUUUAAAUAAAAAUUUUACUCUGUCUGGUUAUAUUUAGUGUGAUCAAAAAAGCAAAUUAUCAAAGUUCUCAUACACACAAGCAGAGGGCUUUCUUUAGUGGCAUUAAAUAAAUUGAUACUGGACCCUGAAGUCAGAUAAAGACUAAGGCCCAUAUUCUAAAGUCAGGUUUAAGUUAGACCAAGGUCUAGCUUUGUGCUAAAAUUAUGGGAGCCAAAAACUAAAAAAUUCUGCUUAUACUGUAUAUUUUGUGUAUUUACUAUUUUGUUUCCCUUUGCUUUCACAAUGUAGAAAAUAUUUCAGUUAUCAUUCCGAGACAGUUAUAAAUGAGCUUCAUAAGAUUUAAUAAACUGAACAGAGUUGUGCCUCAAUUGGCUCUCCAUAGUUAAACCACAACUUUAAACCAGGGUUUAAUCUAAACAAGAGUUCAGAAUAAGAUCCUAAGGGAUGAUUCAUAUAGCUGUUUUUAAAGAUAUGCAUAUAUGGCAAUCCAAUUCUUUAAUUCAAUUAAUUAUUUACAAGUAGGUGAUAUUUUACAGUAAGCUUGUUAACAUACAUAUUUUCUGUGAAUGAAAUAAUAAAAAAGAAAGAUUUGAACAAUUUUGAAUGAACUAGCAAAAAUACAGCAACACUUAUUUAAUUUAUCAGAAGCAGUAUGAAUUAUGAGAAAAAGCUUUGGGCUUGCACUUUGACUCUUCUACUUCUUAGUUAUUGGUAAGAUAAUGUAUAACUUAAAAAAAACAGCUUUAUGAAUCAAGCUCAUAGUAUAUUUGCUCAUGAAUUAUAAAACGUUUCCAAUUUGUAAAUAAAAUUUUCCAAUUAAAGACAACAAAACUUACCAUGAUGGAUGGUAUUCUGAACACCAUAGUUUAGUCAACCCAGGGUUAAUUCAGUCACACUUUUAUGGAGAGCCAGUUUUUCACCAAGUAAAGAUUUUUUUUUCAAUUCUACAGCAAAACAUUGUCCAAAAAUAAUAAUUGUGUUUGGAAAUGGGAAGUACUAAAAAAAUGCAAAAAUAUGAUGAAUUUGAUAAGUAAAUUUCGAAAUAAAUCUUUGCCACGAAUACGGAAGAAAAGUUUAUAAGCCCGGCAUUCCAUAGGUGUGUCGUUUAAACUUCUAGUUUGUAUGAUAAUUAAACAGAGGUGUGAUUACCAGAACACCUCCUGAUGACUUUUGCAAUAUCAUUUUAAUGUGCUUUGGUUUCCAUGGAUCAUGAUGAAGAGAUCAUUUAUACCAAAGCUUCCUGCAAUUCAUGUAUGGGAAUAUCUUGAUUUUACUGAAAAAAAAUGAAAUAGAAAGAUUAGAGAUGUAGCACAUUUACAGGGCAUAUUUCAAGGAAUCUUUAUCACUCAUCAUCAUCCAAAUUCAUUUAUAAUUGAUUUGAAUGAAAAAUGUUGUAGUGGUUUAGAUUAUAUGAAUUCCAUUGUAUUGAAAAUCCUUUUUUUUUUACCUUUAAACUAAAGAUAAGCAUAUUUUUGCAAUCACUAAGCAGACACUUUCUCCACCACACCAAUUCCUUUGAAAAUGUAAGUCAAAUCAUGAUAGAAAGCUUAGAACAUUGGGACUAAACAUAAAAUUGCAAAUAUGUUAUUUGUACAGAGUCCAGGGUGACACCUUUUUUGUGAUUCUCCAAUUUUCUUUUGUCUUUGAAGGGCAUUGGACUAAAUGUGACAAGCCAGCCCAAAACCAACACUAAGUCGCCCAAAAUGAAUUUUGAGAUUUUUAUUGAGUUUGAACAAGCACAUCCUAAGCUUAAAAAUGAUAUAUGAUUUGUCAAACUUUAUCAACAAUAACUCACUGAAAUACUUGAUUGAAUGCAGGAGAAAACAAAGUGAGAGCUUCAGAAAAUAAGGAGAAAACAACAUUUGAAAUUGAAGUUUGUGUUCACUCAAGCUUGAGAUGUUCGCUCUGUGCCAUUUCAAUGAAACUUCCCAUCAUUCCACAAAAACUUGUGUCAAAGAAACUCAUGUAUCUUGUUGUUCUCUAUUCAACUUUACAACUCUAAAUUUUACAGUAUAAAGAAAUACUUCUUCAGACAAGCAUAAUUUUGAAUUUUGGCUUCUUGAAGACCAAUUUACUAUUUUGGCCAUAAACAGAAAAUGUUCGUGACUUAUUAGUGGUUUUGGGGUGGUUGGUCACAAAUAUUGUCUGCAUUGUAGAAAGUGUCUGCAUAGUGAUUGUGAAUAUUAUUAGGUGGAUACAGACAUUGAUAUUUUUAUAACACAUUCCUAGCAGGAUAAAUGGGGAUUAGGAAGUUUGGUAGUUAUGUAGGUGUUGGUGUCAAAAAUGUGAAUCUGCCCGCUGAAAUAAGCUUCAGAACCAAAUUUGGGUGUCAAUAGUCAAACCUACAUUAUUGAAAGCUAAAUACUGAGUGACAUCAAUCCCUAACACCAAACUCACUUCAGUUUGAGUGUUGUGUGUGGUGUUAAAAAACCAACCUCACGAGUUGAGUGUUGUGUGUGAUGUUCAAACACCAGACUCACUUUAAUUUGAGUGUUAUGUGUGGUAUUGAAACAAAACCGAAUUCAUUUCAAUUUGAGUGUUGUGGGUGAUGUUGCAA